AUGUUCGCGGGCAUGGCAAACCAGUUUGCAUCCAUGAUGAUGAGCUAUAUGGGUGGCGGCUCCGCCGGUUCCAGCGGGUCGGCUGGCGCGGACUUGCCGGGGUUCCGGCUUUUGCAACCGCCAAAGGGGCAAGGCAAGCACAGUGCAGGCCAGGCUCCGGGUCAGCAGACCGAUUCGCAGCAGGACUCGCCGCCCCCGCCGCAGCAGUCACUUGCGACGCAGUGGCCAACGUUGCAGUCUCCGACGCAGCAACAGGAAUCAGCAACGAAGCCUUCCGCCCUGACGUUUGAGAUGCCGGACAUAUCACCACCACCCAAGGAGGAACCUGCUCCUGAUCGUCAGCCGCUGAGCGCACAAGAAGCUGCCAAGGCAGUCGAGAAUGCGGUGGACAACCGCGCCAAGCAGACGAGCCAGAACAAGGUGGCCGGCAUUCUCAAAAAGCCCGCGGCCGCAGCCAAAUCCACGGCCAAAGCUCAGGCCAAGUCCACGGCCAAAGCGAAGGCGAAGUCCCAUUCGAAGAUGACAUCUGUGACGGCAGGUCCGAACAAGGGCUGGGUUGUAGAGGUGGUGUACUUCUCGUUGAAGCAGUUCGGGGGGCUGGCUCUGAGCAAAGAGGACGCAUGGUUCGUGCUGACUGCAAUACGUUCCAUCGACGUCAAGCGUCUCAGCAACGGCAUGACACAACUGAUGAAGAGGAUCUUUGCCAUCUUCCUCCUGGAGCGGCGAGAGAAGAUGCUACACGGCAUCAGCCUGCCUAUGCCCAAUUCGCAGCACUGGAUGCUGUGUCUCUUGAUCGCCGACGAGGCCGCGCUGAAAAGCGUCUGGGAGGACAAGGGGGCCUCUGGCACAAAACUGUGUUUUAUGUGCCAGAACGUCGUCGCCCACUCUUCAAGCCUGCACAGCUGUGAUGCCACAGGCACGCUAGUGAGCCACGUCUGCCACAACAAGGGGCAGAUGGUUAGGCACACCGACGAAACCAUUCUGGAAGCUGCUGUGCACUUGGCUGACAACAAACCCAGAAUGAACAAGGGUGAAUUUAAGAUGCGGCAAUUUGCCCUGGGGCUCAACUAUGCAGAGCAUGGCCCUCUGUUCUCAGCAGAGCUGCGGCCACACAUGAAACCGAUUGCCGUCAGCAUGUACGACUGGAUGCACAAUUUCGUCGUGGGAGGAAUUUUUCAGGUUGAAAUGACGGAGCUGCUAAAAGUCCUCCGGAGACAGGGCAUCCCGCAGUCCGAGCUGCACCGCUUCCUGAGUGACUGCAACUGGCCGUCGGCCGUUGGAGACAAAGGUGCUUCUGCAAAAAAGGUUUUCGCAAAGACAUUGACCGACUUCAAGUCGGGGGCGUCGGAAUGCAUGGCUCUCUACCCCGCCAUGAGAGCUUUUCUUCAAGACAAGCUGCCACUGAUUCGGGAUCAUGAUACCAAGGAGUGCUGUCGUUGCUUUUUCAUUCUCUGUGAGGUGUUGGACCAACUCUAUAAGACGGCGACACCGGGGGACGUUGCGAGCCUAGCGACAACCCUGGAACACAAAGUAUCUUCCCACCUUGAACUUUUCAAGGCUUGCUAUGGGGAAGACUACGUUCUCCCCAAGCAUCAUAUGAACAUGCACUUGGGCGACCUCCUCCGAAGACACUCUGUGCUCCUCUCAUGUUUUGUACAUGAGAGGAGGCAUAAGGAGAUAAAGAGAUACGCAAACAACUUGGACAGCAUGCAGACCGGCUCGGAGAAACACGUCCUUCAACUGGAGUUGGAACAACACCUCAAGGACCUCAAGGAGUUCUCCGAAAAAAGAGCUGGACUGAUCAACGGUAAAGCUGCUCCCGAGUUGGUGCAAUCGGCUUUUUCCUCUUUCUUCGGCUUGCCCGCCUGCGCUGGACUCCAGGUUAGCAUGAAAUGCUAUGUUGGCAGUGGCCGCCUCUGCAAGAGGGAGGACGUGGUGGUCGUCAGUGAGCCCAAUGGCGACGAGGUGGCACAGGUCUGGUUUCACGUUGUUUUCAACGGAAACCAUUAUACCUGCAUGUCUGUGUGGCGCGCUUUGGGACGCAAUCGCUUUGACAUAUGCCAGGAGCCUGUUUUCAGACCGACACCUCACAUCUCCAGCCUUUGCAUGUUCAAGAAGGCUGCCGCCUAUGUCAUGCUCUUUGCGGCCGACGCUGUGCCGUGGAAGCACUCUGAUCUCGAGGCUAACCGCAUCGUCGAAGCCACGCGGCGUGUGCGGCUAAUCAGGGACUGUGAAAAGCUGUUCGCUGAAGUCUCGCGUACGCUGGGUACAUGCUACCUUGCCAACAGAUGGUUAAGAUGUUUCGUGUAUGGUGCUAAGUACCACUUGGACGCCGUGGCUGGCUGCAGACUCCUCGCUAAGGUAUGGCACUUGAAGCAGCUUGAGUACCAUGGACGCAUACCGUACCAAGGUGACCGCAGAUGGGGAGCAGGGCCAGGCUCUUCGGUGCACGCCUUGCGUGCGUGGCUACGCAAACGCGGAUGGCAGGUCACCAGUCCCUUUGUUUGGCAGGGCGCUACGGCCCAGACUCGCCUCGACCUUACUGCUGCUUCUACGCAGACCAAGGGCCAGAUGCAGCAUCACUGCCGUCAGCAGUGGAGGCUUUGGUGCCUCAAGAAGUUCCUGUUGGGUAAGAGACACGAAGCGCGGGAGUUUCGCAACCUCUAUGCUCUCCCUGCGCUUAUGCGCCAAGCUGAGGAUAUCGACCUUGAAAGACUCCGUGAGUUCGCCAGAGAGUCCGCUGAGGGUCGCUCUGUUCUGCUUGGAGCGGCUGUGUCUCCGGCAUGGCUUGCUCAUUGUACUCAGGCUGAUUCGGCCCAUUUCGUGUGUCCGUGCUGUGGCACGCCGAGGGCGAGCUGGUACCACAUGGCGAUGCCGCACGCGCUGUGUUGGAGCACAUGGCUGCUGCGGUUCGCCUUCUUUGGCGACAGCGUCAUGGGCGACCUCCUGAGUGAGCUCGCCGUUCUUGUGCUCGUGGGGACGCUCCUGUGGGUGAUCUCCUAUGGAGCAGUUCGCAACACAGCACAGAAGGACUACUGGCUGGUGCCUUCUCACUUCAACACCUCCACCCAUGAGGAUGCUUCCCUCUACAUGGUGAAGCUCGUCAGCGUCGGUGUUUUAGGAAUUGUCUGCUUCUUAGCUGCCUUGGGCGUGCAUGUUCGCCCCACUUCAACCGCCACAAAGGUUUUGGCGCUUCAGCACGGCUCUUCGCAGUUGUGCGUCUCGGUGAUGGUCGCAGCAGUCCAGGUCGUGCAGGGACACUUUUUCAAAGAGUCCCUUCCCAACGAAGAUGCCCUGUGCCACUGGGCGACCGGCGGGGUGUCGGGCAGUCCCUGCUACGAAGUUCGGGGCCGUGCAGUGGUCAAGUUGGCCCAUUUUCUGCCUCUGCACAUCACCGAAGUUCUCCUGAUGCUGGAAUGGAUGUUAUCGAUUGUUCCGCAGGCUCCGGCGGCCAUUCCCAAGGAGAAUGUGCUGCGAUUGGCUGCCGGAUGCUGUUGGCUGAUGUCAUUGCUUGGCAUUUUUCAGGUCCUCCGAGGAGAGCCUCUGAUUCUGGGCUUGGAGAUCCUCCGACACUGGGAGGGUCUCGCGCUGAUCACGUCGAUGGCAGCUUUGGCCGUGACAUUUUUCUGGGCGCUGCUGCAACCAGGCACUGUUCUCAGCAACAUGACCUUGUUCUUCGAUUUUUUUAAAUCCUAA